UAGGGAGGCUUGCAAAUACACACCCACAAUAUUUACUCUCCUAGCUAGCAAACCCAGCAAGAAUGAAGAAACUUUCUAUCACAGGCCUUCGGCUUUGGCUUUUGGUGGUGGCGAUCGCGGCGCUUCUCAUCGGAGCUCGUGUGACGGAGGCGGUGACUUGCAGCCCUACGGAGCUGAGCCCGUGUGUCACUGCAAUCCUAUCGGGGAUGCCACCCUCGUCCGCUUGCUGCAGUAAGUUGAGGGAGCAAAAGCCAUGCCUUUGUGGGUACCUAAGGAAUCCAAACUUGAAGCCUUACGUGCAAUCUCCCAACGCCAAAAAGGUUGCUUCUGCCUGUGGUGUUGCCUUCCCCAGCUGCUAGGACUCCCCAUGCCCUUAAUUUAAUUUCUUAUGGAAAUUAAGUUGGUAUCUAUUACAAAAUCCAAAACUACUGUGAAAUAAAUUUUCUUUGUCUUUGCCGACACGAGCAUAACUCAAUGGUAAUUGACAUAUACUUGUCGGAGAAAAAAAACUUUUUAUGUGUCUUUUUGAUAUGGAAUGAUGAGAUUGUUAUCAAGAAAAUAUGGAAUAUUAAGACGAUUAUUGGCUCUUUCAAUUCCA